GUGAAAGUGCAGUCUGUUGAUUUUUAUUUUGACCAAUUAACUAUAAUGCCGACUAACUUCAGCUAACAUUAGCUAGCUAGUAAUUCAAAGUAUUCGAAUGUUUUAUUUCUUUAAUACCGGGGGGAAGAGUGGAAAUACCGAAGUCAUCGCUGAAAUUGGACAACUGUUCUGGCGACAAGUUUUUUUGAGGAUUAUUGCAGAAAUUUUAUUCCAUUUCCAAAAUUUGAAGACCUGCUGUGGGAUUAAAUGCAGAAUUUUUUUCUAUUCGCUCUAUACCAAGAAGAAAGGAAGUCAACUCUAAUGGUUGGAAUUGAAGGUGACCCUGGACACUAAGUCAGGCCGGACUGAGCAGGCCUUAUGCUCUGAACCGCGUGCUGCAGCAGAUCCGGGGCGCCCCCAUGAUGAAGCGAGGGACCAGCCUCCAGAGCCGCCGCAGCAGCAAGGCUGCCGGGGACCCCCCCAAGGGCAGCCCCCAGAUCCAGCGCCGCGGCACCCAGGAGGCUCUGGUGCAGGCGGGCCGCCCCCGCUCCUCCUCCACCACCGACACCCCCAGCAGCCCCGCCCUGGCCGAGGCGCUGCUGGCCUCCGGAUACGCCUCCACCGAGGAGCCCGAGAGGGACCUUUUCAAGACCAGGAGAGUGUCCGCUCAGUGCGACAGCAUCCUCUUUUCCUGGCUGUCUGCAGGACACAGGCGCUCUCUCCAGCCUGGAGCAGGGGCCUCCGUCUGCCCCUCUGGGAUCGAGCGGCUGGAGGUGAGUGGCCUGGCGCAGCCGGCUAACGCGCUAGCCUGCGGCGCGGACGGCGCGUACCCCGUGGACGUGGUGGACAGCACCCCCGACCCGCAGCGCACCAAGCAGGCCAUCACGCACCUGCAGCAGAAGAUCCUCCGGCUCACCGAGCAGAUCAAGAUCGAGCAGACCGCCCGCGACGACAACGUAGCCGAGUACCUGAAGCUGGCCAACAAUGCCGACAAGCAGCAGAGCGCCCGCAUCAAGCAGGUCUUCGAGAAGAAGAACCAGAAGUCGGCGCAGACCAUCCAGCAGCUGCAGAGGAAGCUGGAGCACUACCAUCGCAAGCUGCGCGAGGUGGAGCACAACGGCAUCCCCCGGCAGCCCAAGGACGUGUUCCGGGACAUGCACCAGGGCCUGAAGGGCGUGGGGGCCAAGGUGACGGGCUUCAGCGAGGGCGUGGUGGACAGCGUGAAGGGCGGCCUCUCCAGCUUCUCCCAGGCCACGCAUUCGGCGGCGGGGGCCGUGGUGUCCAAGCCCCGGGAGAUCGCCUCGCUCAUCCGGAACAAGUUUGGCAGCGCGGACAACAUCGCGGGCCUGAAGGACUCCCUGGACGAGUCGCAGGGCGAGGACGGCUCGCGGGCCCUGGGCGUCGGCCAGCUGCAGUCCGGCCUCCGGUACGGCAGCGAGGACGACUGCUCCAGCGCCACCUCGGGCUCCGCAGGGGCCAACAGCACCACCGGGGCCCCCGGGGGCCCCCCCAGCUCCAAGACCAACGCUUUGGAGAGCACGCAGAGCUCAGGGUUCGACAUGCACGAGCUGCAGGAGCUCCGCGACGCUCAGAGCCGCCUGGAGGAGUCGUUUGAGAGCCUCAAAACGCACUACCAGAAAGAGAACACCUUAAUCAUGGAGGCCCUGCAGGAGGAGCGCUACAGGUGCGAGCGGCUGGAGGAACAGCUGAACGACCUGACUGAGCUCCAUCAGAAUGAGAUCCUCAACCUGAAGCAGGAGCUGGCCAGCAUGGAGGAGAAAAUCGCCUACCAGUCGUACGAGCGAGCGCGGGACAUCCAGGAGGCGCUGGAGGCCUGCCAGACGCGCAUCUCUAAGAUGGAGCUGCAGCAGCAGCAGCAGCAGGUUGUGCAGUUGGAGGGGCUGGAGAACGCCACGGCGCGCACCCUGCUGGGGAAGCUCAUCAACGUGCUGCUGGCCGUCAUGGCCGUGCUGCUGGUGUUCGUCUCCACCGUGGCCAACUGCGUGGUGCCCCUCAUGAAGACCCGCAACCGCACUUUCAGCACUUUCUUUCUGGUGGUCAUGCUGGCUUUCCUGUGGAAAAACUGGGACGCCAUCUCGGGAUACAUGGACCGCUUCCUGCAGCCCCCCAGAUAACCGCCACGGGACAGAGCCGGGCGUGCCGGGUGACGGGAGAUGUCUGACCAUAGAAAACUUAGCACAAAUAACGCAGGGGUGUCCAAUGACAACAGCAGCCUGGCUUGGUUUUCGUGAAAAGGAGUGAAUCUGUUUACAUUUUGGAAAGAAAGGUUUUUUUUUCUUGUGAGACGCAUUGUAAUACAUUUCUUCAUUUUUAGAAAUUCAUGAAAUGACAUUGUUUAUUAUUAUUAUAAUUAUUAUAAUUAUUUUAUUUGGUUGGAUUACAUGUAGCAUUAAGUUUCUCACACAGCCCUGGUGCUCCUGCGUGUCAGCCGGAGGGCCCAGGGGAACGGGCCCGUAGCUGAGCUGAGCGAGCACAUUCCACAGAGACACCGCUCAGGACGGAGCGGUCACUCCUGAGGGAGCGGUCACUCCUGAGGGAGCGGUCACACCUGAGGGAGCGGUCACUCCUGAGGGAGCGGUCACACCUGAGGGAGCGGUCACUCCUGAGGGAGCGGUCACACCUGAGGGGAGCGGUCACACCUGAGGGGAGCGGUCACUCCUGAGGGAGCGGUCAGAGGGAGCAGUCAGACCUGACGAAGCGGUCUGUCUGUCGGAGUGGUCAGAAGAAGCAGUCUGGGAGCGGUCAGACAGAGCGGUCAGACAGGAGCGGUCUGGGGCGCUUGCGUGAGUCUGGAGACGCAGGGGCGGAGCGAUGGUGCCAGUAACACGCAGACCGGCGCUGGGCCAAGCCCACCUCACAGGCGUCGAAACUUUCUUUUCUGUUUUCUUCACUCCAGCUUGGAGACGGAAGGAGGACGCUCCACUUUCUCCCGGGGGGAAUGAAAUAAACUCAACAAAAAUACACGGACGAUACAGUCAGACGAACAUACUUGAAGAGCGUCUCGCUCAAAGACUCUCAGUGCUUCCGUACUGUUUCUAUUAGUGAUGAAUUAAAGUCAUUUUUAGUUAUUUUUUAUUUUUUAAGAAAUAAAUAAAACGCUGUUUUAAAAGAAAGUAACGAGUGAAUAAUUGAAAGAGUGUGGGAGUGAAGGGUAGAGUACAGGGCCUGUUGGUCACAGGGACAUCAGAAAGAGGCUGCAGACGGGUCUGUGUGGGGCUGCUGCACUGAUACACAGCGCCCCACUCUGCACACACACACUCCUGCCUUCCCUCACUGCCCUGGGGGCCUGCUGUCCUGCAUCUGGCCUACGGUGGGUUGAAGUCCACUUGUUGCCAUUUUAAAUUUCCCACCUGUAGGAACAGUGUUGUGCUGAAGCGCUUAACCUGCUCAGGUGGUACCGUAGCCAAGGGUGUUGUGUGAGGUUGUGUGGUUGGGCUCAUAGAGCGGUGUGUCUUUGCAGAGUGCUUUGCAGUUACGAUAGGGAGUGAGCUUUCGGAUUCUUUUUGGCUGUUUGUGGUCUGCGUAGCAGGCCAGGCUGGGUAGUGGAAAUGCACCAGGGGUCGAGAGUACUACAGAAAUGUCACAGCCUUAUAUUGUGGUAUUGUGGAGCUCUUUUAGGUUGAUGAGGGAGCACACAGUCCCCAUGGCUGGACUUCACACGUCAUUCAGAGGCAGGUGGCUGUAUUCAGGCCUGUACAGGCCUUUUCUGCAGGGUUAGGAAACUCAGGCAUCCUCUCCCAUGAUACCCCGGUCCUGUACGUCAGCCUCCCCAGAUACUUACUCUGGCUGGGGGGCCAGCAUACAUCCUUUCUCUUCAUUAUCCUUUGUGCCAAAAUAAGUCUUACAUCAGAUCCAUGACAACGUUUCCAAUUUUACCCAACUACUGUUUGUUUACACUGAAACCUUGCACUGUUCCAUGAGUUAAAAUGGAAAAAGUUAUUUUUGUAUUUUUUCAAAAGUACGUAUACAUGCUCCUGUGGAUCUCGGCUUGAUGUUGUCGUUAAUGUACAGCUUUUCGGACUUUAGAGCCAGUCCCGCUUCCACUGAAGGCUAUCCUCCAUUUCAGCCCCCCUCCCCCAGAGCCUGACCUCUGAGUGAACUUCUGCCUUUCCACUCCACAGUCCUGUGCUUGACCGUUCUCUGACCACCUGCGUAGUGUUGGCGUACUCUAACGCUGUACAGCUGCCCUGAGACUGUGUGCCAGGCUACUUGUAUAUCCGGAACGAUCUGCCACACUGAAGCACAGGAAUAAGUAUAAUCAGGAUAUCGGUGCUAAACAUCAGAUACAGUUUUAUCGGAUGAAGACGGUGAUCUGAGUUGGCAGAAGGUUUGUUUCUCAGUGUUGUACAGACCGAAGCCAUGCUCUUUCUGGUGGUUCCAGUGACAGGCAUAGUGAUGGGGAGAGACCCUGCUGUGAUCUCACCAUGUGGGACGAGUGAGGGCGGAGGGGUAUCGAACAACUCCAGUGCCUUUUGUGUUCUUUUAUAUAAUUGUGUGAAUAAUAAAGUGGAGCAUUCCUGGUUUACCUGUUGAGACAGUAUCUUUUUUUUUUUUUCUUUUUCUUUUUUUUUUUUUUAAACAGAACAUUUUGUUUGUGUAAAAUUUAAGAUUAUUGUGUAUUGUUGCCCAUGAUCACUUGCCUGCGUGUGAUUUUGUCAUGGUAUGUACAGUGCAGCAUUUGCCAAAAAUAUUGUAGAAAUUACAAAUAUCGAAAAGGUAAUUCCCUCUGCAAAAACAGAGUGGGGAGACACCCCUUCUGUGAUACAUUAGAUGUGACCUGAAUCGGUCAUCUGUUAAAGCAAUGUCUGUGUGUUUUGGUUCUUAUGUGACAGGGUAUCCUAUGCUGGUUGUCCAGUAUCAGGUAAAUAAUACAUACGGUUCUGUGGCUGUUUACUCCACUCUCAGAUGCAUGCUGUCUGGGCUUGCAUUGGUCAGGAGGGUAAAAGCAAGAUAUUGUGAAUUAUUAUGUGCUUCCUGAUUGGUCAAUUGUAGGACUUGUAAUACCUUUGUGUGACAGUGAAUGAAAUUGUGGUGUUGGGUUAUAUUCUUUUUAAAGAACAGAAGGGGUUAAGCCCUUAGCGUGUGUGUCCGUGUGUAUGCAUCGAGGAAAGGAGAAUUGUGAGUUAUCCAGCCAUUUGUGCCAAACCUGAAAUAAUUCUUGUCACAAACAGGAGAAGGUAUCUCCGUUCAGAAGUGCAUAAAAUGAAUUAUACUUGCGUACCUACUGUAUGUGUUUUAGCUGACACGUUAUUUUUUUCUUGCUUUAGGGUGCAAGAAAGCAACUGCCUCAUUGCACAGUAUUUUAGAAAUGGCCAGACUGGCCUGACUGCCUAUAAUAAAAGAAUGUGUUUGAUUAAAUUGGACUAAAUUCAUGAAACACAUUGAGUGAAGAAAUUUGACUAUCUCAACUUUCUUACUGAAAAGUGAUUUUGUUUUUGUUUUUUUUAUUUCAGAGAUGGUCAUAUGGCAAUUUGCUUCUCUCACUGUGGCCUUUGGUGGUCUGAGUAUGAAAUAAUGAGUUAUUUUUGGUAUAAUUUUUUUAAUGGGAUUUAAAUGGGAUUUCCAAAUAUAGCUCUAAAAGGCAAAUAAAAAAAGAUACUGUCUCAAAAAUGGCAUUUUUUGUUGUCUUCACUGCGACAGGCUGUAUAACCGAGGACAGUCAUAACCUGGGGAGCCCCCUAGUGGUGGCCUGUUGAUUUUAAUAAGUAUUACUUGAGGAAAUCAAACUAGUCCUGUACAUGUGUGUGUUGUGUGCAAGGUGGUACAGUACCUUUAGUAGGUGUCUCUUUAAGCCCUGAGAGUAUUCUCGUCUGUUAUUUGACUCACAAACAUGGGUUGGAAGUAUGGUAAUGAGAAAAAAGAAAUUGCUUGUGGAAGUAACAUUAGUUUUAGAGUCAAAGCUGCUAAUUGUAAAGGAAGCUUACUGAGGAUUUAUAUUGAUGUCCUGUUCCAGUCUGUCACAAGAUUCAUGUGGCUGUGUCCAUGUACAAUAAAAGCGAAAUAAAGACCUCA